AUGAAGCGAAAGGAGUGCUGGCCCGACCGCGAGCAAGUCGGCAAACACUGUCACCGCGCCGUCGCCAGGUCGGCAAGUGACAGUCCCGAGGUGGAGCUGCCGCUGGAGGUGGUGUGGCUCGUGCUCCAGUUUCUGGGUGUGGAGGACCUGCUGCGCGCGCAGCUCGUGUGCGUGGCCUGGCGCGACCUCAUCCACUCAGAGAAGUCCGCGUCCCUGUGGAAGCGUGCCUACUUCACGUGGCCUCUUCCUCAACGAGGACCACCACCCGAACCUGAUGACGACAAAGAAGAAGAGAAGCAAUUGACCGACCAGCUGCAGCAGGUCCCAGACGUCGAGCCUGACGAAGAACCCACCAAACGCGAGGGGAACCCGCAAGUCGAGUGGCUCAAGCGGCUGCUCAAGCGCACGUCGGAUCACGCGACGCUCCUCGAGAGCGUGGCCUCCGUGAGACGCCAACUCCACCGUCUUCUCGCACGAGUGCACAAAGGGCGCGAGGAGGAGAGCACCGGGGCCGCCGUGCGCGCCAUCGCGUCUCUGCUGCCGAACAUCUACUGGAGCCGCCUGAGCUCGCGUGAGUGGUACUACGAGAAGGACUGCAUCGCGGAGAGUCGGCACUACAAGCGGUUCGUCUGCCACCGCGCCAAGGCUGUCAUCUACAGCGUGGCGUCCGGUCUGCCGCUGCAACUCACCCUCACUUUCAACGAGACCAAGCGCUCGCUCAAGAUUAUGCCCUAUGUUAGGUACAAGGCCAAGGACGGCAGCCCAAGACCCGGGGUCUCACGCGCCACGUCGCCGGAGCUCUACCGAAGUCUGCUGGCCAAUAUGGCCACAUACCUCCUGGGCGUUCGGUGCGAUCCCGUCGACGCCUCUUCUGUCCUGGUCGCACAUUUCGAUGGCCUGGUGAGGUUGGUGCUCCGCGCUGAUGAGGUUCCCAAGUUGUACUCGCUGGGGGAUACAUCCAGUAAGCUGAAGCUCAAGAGUCCCUGGCUCCUUGGCGACGAUGUUACAAACAGUCUCGAAUAA